AUGGAACACAAGAAUAAGUUAAGGGCUACUGCAAGUUGUGAAGGUGAAAGAGUUCAUACUGAGAGACUGGUGGACAGAUUCAGUAAUCUUCCACUGGAAGUUGCCCAUCACAUUCUUUCGUUCCUUGAUAUAGAAGAGCUCACUCGUUUCAGUUGUGGGUCCAAAGGAUGCAGGGAGCUUUCUCUGUCAGCUCCCUCAUUGAAUUUUUGUUUUUCAUCGGUGGAUACGUCCACUUGUGAGCUUAGGGUGAAGUUGUUGAACACAUUGGAUAGGUUCUUGUUUCAUCGUCGGGAUAAUAAGAUACAGUCGUUUUACCUUUUUUGGGAUGGUCACUACAUAGAGGAGGGCAAUUACAAAGUAUGCUACUUAUGUAGUAAUGAGAAUUUUCGAAUCACCACAUGGAUCCACAAUGCAGUGAGGUGUAAUGUUGAAGUGCUUUGUCUUGACAUCUUGUUAUGUGAUUUUGAGGAGGAAGGGUUGGCAUUUCCAUCUUGCGUCUUUCUUUCCACAUCGUUGAGGUCUCUAAAUGUGGUGCAAAUGAAGGGCAUCAUUAUUGCCUUUUCCUCUAAUCUCAGUUGCUUGGAGUUGGGGGAGCUUGACAUAGAAGAUGAGGCGUUUUUCAAAUGGAGGAUCUCAUGUUCCUGCAAAUGCAUCAAGCAAUUAACUGUUGCCGGAGUUCGAAAUAUAACAAGUAUCGCCAUUGAAAGCCUGUCUUUGGGAUUUAAUUUUUAUGAUCCCUAUGGGUCUCAAAUCUGCCAUCUUAAAAUCUCAGGUGAGAAACUUGAAAGCAUAAGGAUCGAUUGGGGAUUUUUUUUAUCCGCUGACCACUCAUUAAAUAUUUUUGCUCCAAAUCUAAAUUUUUUGCGUUGGGUUGGGAAUGUCAUGAAUCACCCAAACCUUGGAGAAUUAGAAUGUUCGGAAGAAGCUUAUAUUUUUCUGGAUCCUAAAGUAGAUGACUUUGAAAACGUAUUUGAGGCUCUUCGCAGUGUACGCAGGGUUGGAGUUCUUGGUCUAAAUGAAGCAACCAUUAAGGUAAAGAGAAUCAGUUCCCUCUAUCCCGCUAGACUCAAUUUCUGUUUUGUUGCAAAAACUAGAGCAGUUUGA